GGCCGUUUUGUCUAUAUCACGGAGAGCUCAGGGUGUAACAUUCAUUUCGGAGUUGUUGUUAGAACAGAUCUGAGCAUCAAGAUGAGUGGCAGAGGAAAAACCGGCGGAAAGGCUAGAGCUAAAGCCAAGACUCGUUCAUCCAGGGCUGGACUUCAGUUCCCCGUGGGACGUGUGCACAGGCUUCUGCGUAAAGGCAACUAUGCCGAGCGCGUCGGUGCCGGCGCUCCGGUCUACCUGGCCGCAGUGUUGGAGUAUCUGACCGCUGAGAUCCUGGAGUUGGCCGGUAACGCCGCCCGUGAUAAUAAGAAGACUCGUAUCAUUCCCCGCCACUUGCAGCUCGCCGUGCGUAACGACGAGGAGCUGAACAAACUGCUUGGCGGAGUAACCAUCGCUCAAGGUGGUGUGCUACCCAACAUUCAGGCUGUGCUUCUGCCUAAAAAGACCGAGAAGGCCGUCAAGACCAAGUAAACUCGUCCACCGCUGCUUUGUCAGUACCCAAAGGCUCUUUUAAGAGCCACCAUCUCUGCUUCAAAAGUGCAGUUUUUACACCCGUUUUUCUACUGAAGUCAGCACGUUUAUUAAUAAUAAUAAUAGUGGUAGUUAGCCUGUUGCUUAAAUGAAAUCUAAGGGGUGAAAGUGCACUUCUAAGACAGCAUAUUUAUAAAUAAAAA